AUGGUACGAAAUACACCUCCGCCUCCACCUCCAAAACAUUUGGAAGGUUUAGGUUCGCCUAUGCCAACUCAUUAUAACCAGCAAAUGAUGCAGCCUCCUCCUCGUCAAAAUCAAUUUCAUUAUUCUGCUACAAACAACUCUGCACCCUCAUUAUCCAUUAAUCGUCAAUCAAGUCCUUUGCCUCCAAAUGAAGGGUCGAAAACACCACCAGGCACUCGUACAAGUUCAGUUGCCAACUUGUCUAUCAAUGGAGAUCAACUAUUAGAUCACUCUCAUCUAAAGCCUGGCACAAAGGCUUCACUAUUAUCCUAUGCUCAGACCAUCAACAUGUACAGAGAGAACGCUAAAAAGACAAAUAGCCCCGAUAUUCAGUGUGAUUUUGCUAUUUUCAUGGUAGAAGCUGCUAAACCAAUUCAAGACGAUGAUGAAACUCGCUGGGAAUACUUGGCUGAGGCAGAAAAGCUAUUGAAGCAGUUGGCUGCUCGUGGUCAUGCUGAAUCACAGUAUUACCUUGGAAACCUGUUUGCUUCGGGUCUAUUGAGUAAGAAGGGAAAGAACGAAUUUGACAAGGCAUUCCCAUUGUUUGUGCAAGCAACAAAGCAUCACCACGCUGAUGCCGCUUAUCGUGCUGCCAAGUGUUAUGAGGAUGGCUUGGGUUGUAGAAGAGACUAUUCCAAAGCAGUGCAGUUUUACAAAAAAGCAGCUACUCUCAAUCACCCUGGCUCAAUGUAUAGAUUAGGAGUGGCAGACGUAAAUGGAGAACUUGGGAUAUCAAAAAAUCCUCGAGAUGGAGUCAAAUGGUUGAAGAGAUCAGCAGAAGCAGCUACAAGCGAAUACCCACAUGCUAUACAUGAACUCGCUUUGUUACAUGAGAAAGGUAUACCCAAUGUUGUGUUUGUCGAUUUGCCCUACGCCGUAUCAUUGUACGUUCAAGCAGCAGAGCUUGGUUAUGCACCUUCCGCUUUUCGAUUAGGCGAAUGCUACGAAUAUGGAAAACUUGAAUGCAACCCUGAUCCCGCCAUGUCGAUUCAUUUUUACACCAUUGCAGCUCAGCAAGGUUAUCGUGAAGCUUGCUUUGCUUUGACUGCUUGGUAUCUAGUUGGAUCGCCUCAAGUGUUACCACAAUCUGAUGAAGAUGCAUAUUUAUGGGCGAGACGUGCUGCUGAGAAGGAGCUUCCCAAAGCUGAAUAUGCUGUUGGUUAUUUCACUGAAGUAGGCAUUGGCAUUGCGAAGAAUCCAGCCGAGGCUAUGGAAUGGUAUAAAAAGGCUGCAGAACACGGGGAUAAGCGAGCUAUUCAACGUCUACAGGGGAAACAUGUUGAAACAAAAUCAAAGAAAAAGAAUGGCUCACAAGACGACUGUAAUAUCAUGUAA